GCCAUCAGUCAGAGCACACCUGCAGCAAAAGCUAAAGAUCAGCCCAGCAGUCAGAGCCUGAACACAUCUGCAGCAGAAGCUAACGUUCAGCCCAGCACUUAGAGCCUGAAUACACCUGCAGCACAAGCUAACGAUCAGCCCAGCACUCAGAGCCUGAAUACACCUGCAGCACAAGCUAACGAUCAGCCCAGCACUCAGGUCCUUAACACACCUGCAGCACAAGCUAACGAUCAGCCCAGCACUUAGAGCCUGAAUACACCUGCAGCACAAGCUAACGAUUAGAGCAGCACUCUGAACCUGAAUACACCUGCAGCACAAGCUAACGAUCAGCCCAGCACUCAGAGCCUGAAUACACCUGCAGCACAAGCUAACGAUCAGCGCAGCACUCUGAACCUGAAUACACCUGCAGCACAAGCUAACAAUCAGUCAGACACUAUGAAAUCUGCAGCUCUCUGUGUACUUCUCAUCCUCUCACUGCUCUGCCAUACAAGUUACUCUGCCUCAGUGAUGGGGAAAGAAAUGACUAAUUCUGCAGACCAUCUCAUACAAUCUCAGAUGGAAGAAUCAAAUAUACUGGCCCCACUUCUCAGGACCAAACGUCAGUCACACUUGUCCAUCUGUACCUUCUGUUGCAAAAACAAAGGAUGUAAGUUCUGCUGUCGAACAUAGGACAUUCUGAGACAAACGGUUGUCAAAAGUUCCACUAUUAAAAAAAAAAAAACCUAGGAGAUCCCUGUGUCUCCCAAUUUUCUGCUAUAACGUUUUAAAGCUGUAAUGUUAUUAGAACCUCUGGUAUUGAUUGAAGUAUUGUUAUACAUAACAAGUGAAUCUCUUUAGUUACUGGUGUAAGAAUUUGCCUUUCUGAUUACAGCACAGAAAAAAAAACUACACAUCACAGCUUGCAAAUGUUUUAAAAACUACCUAGUCUAUAUGCUUUCUAUUGUGGAAAAGCUGAUAUUUAUUUUUCUUAUUUCUAAGACUGAGCAUUGUAUUUAUAACACAUUUUACUUUAUUGUUAACAUUGUUUAAUGUUUGUAGACUUAAUGUAUAUAUCUAGAUUUGUAUAUCAGAAAUAUUAAAAACAAAAAACAACAACUUUGGUGUAACUUAAUUUGAUUUAAUUUAAAGUUCUCUGAAGCACAACCAUCAUUUCAUUUUGUAAUCAUGGAAUACUUUUGUAAAGAUCUAUUGGAUAUAUACUUUAUCAAUAAAAUGCAAAUUAAAGGGACAGUA